AUGAUGAUAAAGAAACUAGCUGGUCACAGGAAGGAUCUCCUUCCUCCUACUGAUGAGCUCAGUGAAGCAACAUAUAAAAGUGUACGGCUUGAUUAUUUGACUCGGCUACCCUCAUCACAAGGUUCUUCCGGUGACAUCGAUACUGCUACUUCUCUUGUUGCUGAUGUCAAUAUAGAUGAAGAUGCUGAUGAAGUGGCUAAUAUAAAUACAGAUAUGAUACCUUCAUCUAACGAUAUUCAAUGGGAACUCCAACGAGUGAUGGCCUCUGCUCACGAUGGCUGGGUAAGAUCAGUAGCCAUGGACCCUGUUACCAACGAUUGGUUUGUCACCGGAGGCUCAGAUGCUGCUAUUAAAGUCUGGGAUUUGACUACUCUGAAACUUAAAGCAGUCAUAUCAGGACACAUUCUUGGUGUCAGAUCAUUGGCCGUAUCCCCACGGUACCCCUAUCUCUUUAGUGGGUCAGAAGAUAAAACCGUGCGAUGUUGGGACUUGGAAAGGACCCACGCUCCAGAAGGCUGUCAAAUAAGAGACUAUCAUGGCCAUGUUGGAGGCAUUUAUACCAUGAGUCUACAUCCAGAACUAGACUUAUUAUUCACUGGUGGUAGAGAUCAAGUCAUAAGAGUUUGGGACAUACGAUCAAGAACUGAAGUGAUGACCUUACUUGGACAUUCAAGCGACAUAACUUCCAUUGAAAGUCAAAUAGGUGAUCCUCAAAUCAUAUCCAGUUCAAUGGACUCGACUAUAAGACUUUGGGACUUGAGGAAACAAUCAACUCUAUUAACUCUCACUCAUCAUACAAAGAGUAUACGACUGAUGAAGUUGCACCCUAAGGAAGCUACCAUGUGCAGUGGAGACUCCAACGGUAACUUCAAGCAAUGGCUAUCAUCACCUGGAGGUGAACUAUUGAGCGAGUUCACAUCUACUAAUGAACUGUCUCGAAUCAUCAACAGUGUUUCUAUAAACCCCAACAAUGUUCUCUUUGCUGGGUUUGAUGAUGGGACACUUGAAUUCUACAAUUAUGUCUCUGGGAAACUCAUACAAAGAACCAAGUCAAUACCAUCACCUGGUUCAAGAGACUCAGCAAUCUAUGAUUCUACAUUUGAUAUGUCUGGCUCAAGACUUAUAACGUGUGAAGGUGAUAAGAGCAUAAAGAUAUGGAAAGAAGUUGAAUAA